UCUCUCUCACCGCCACUCACCAUUUUCCCUUUUCACUCUCAAAUCUUCUCUUCUCUCACCUAGGGUUCCAUUACCCUAUACAUCCAGAGAACCCCUCCAUACUCUACACCUACACCUACAAAGAAUUAUCGAAACCUCCCUAUAACUCCACAAAACUCUCCAAAUUCGGCGGAAUUCACACUAUGCCGCGGCAACGGGACUACGACGAUGACGACGUGGAACCGGAGGAGGAAGAGGAAGACGUGUACGAAGAGGAGGACGAAGAGGAGGAAGAAGAAGAUGAUCAUAGAGGAAAGUCUGGACGCAAACGGCGUAGAUCAGAUUUUAUUGAUGACGUGGCGGAGGAAGAUGAUGAUGAAGAAGAAGACGACGAUGAUGAGGAUUAUGGCGGCGGCGGCGGCGGUAGACGACGCCCUAAAAGGAGGACUGGUUCAGAAUUUUUCGAUCUCGAAGCUGCUGUAGAUAGUGAUGAGGACGAGGAGGAGGAAGAAGGCGAAGACGAUUUCAUAGUAGAUGGUGGAGCGGAGAUACCUGAUGAGGAUGGUGCCAGACGUGAAUAUCGUCACCGGAUGUUGCCACAUGAUGACCAAGAAGAAGACCUUGAGGAGCUUACGAGAAGCAUUCAGCAAAGAUAUGCGAGGUCAGCUCAUGUGGAGUAUGAUGAGGAAGCAACAGAAGUUGAGCAGCAAGCUCUCUUGCCAUCUGUCAGGGAUCCUAAGUUGUGGAUAGUGAAAUGUGGGAUUGGUCAUGAGAGGGAGGUCGCUGUUUGCCUAAUGCAAAAGGCGAUUGAUAGAGGAUCAGAAUUGCAAAUUAGAUCAGUUGUAGCCCUUGAUCAUCUUCAGGGCUAUAUAUACAUAGAAGCAGACAAAGAAGCCCACGUGAGGGAGGCUUGCAAGGGUAUGCGCAGUAUAUAUGCCCAAAAAGUAACACUAGUUCCUAUCAAAGAGAUGACUGAUGUCCUUUCCGUUGAAAGCAAAGCGGUUGAUCUUACGAGGGAUACUUGGGUCAGAAUGAAGACGGGAACUUACAAGGGAGACCUUGCGAAGGUUGUGGAUGUAUAUUAUGACACACAGAGGGUCACUGUAAAAUUAAUUCCACGGAUUGACUUACAGGCUCUCUCUAACAAGUUGGAAGGAAGGGAAGUUCAAAAGAAAAAGGCAUUUAUUCCUCCGCCACGCUUUAUGAAUAUUGAUGAAGCUAGAGAAAUGAAUAUACGUGUAGAGCGUAAGCGACACCAGUCAGGUGACUAUUUUGAGAAUAUUGGAGGUAUGCUGUUCAAAGAUGGUUUCUUAUAUAAGACAGUAGCAAUGAAAUCAAUCAGCACCAUGAACGUACAGCCAAGUUUUGAUGAACUUGAGAAGUUUCGCCAACCUGGUGAGGGUGGGGAUGGUGAUAUGGCUAGUCUAUCUACUUUGUUUGCCAACCGAAAGAAAGGUCAUUUUAUGAAGGGUGACCGCGUUAUUGUGGUGAAGGGGGAUCUCAAGAACUUGAAAGGAUGUGUUGAGAAAGUUGAGGAAAAUACUGUUCAUAUCAGACCAAGUGUGAAAGAUCUUCAGGAUACUCUGGCUGUUGGUGAGAAAGAGCUCUGCAAGUACUUUGAGCCCGGAAAUCACGUGAAAGUAAUAUCUGGUUCAUCUGAAGGUGCAACCGGUAUGGUUGUUUCUGUUGAGGGGCAUGUGGUAAACUUGGUAUCCGAUACAACCAAGGAGCUUCUCCGUGUAUUUGCUGAUAAUGUUGUUGAGAGCUCUGAAGUAACAUCUGGUCUCACUCGUAUUGGGGAGUAUGAGCUCCAUGACCUUGUAAUACUAGACAAUAAGAGUUUUGGCGUGAUUAUACGUGUAGACAGUGAAGCCUUCCAGGUCCUUAAGGGUGUACCUGAUAGACCUGAGGUAGCACUUGUUAGACUUAGAGAGAUCAAAGGGAAAAUUGAGAAGAAAGGGAAUGCCCAAGAUCGGUUUAAGAACCAGUUAGCGGUGAAAGACGUGGUAAAAGUUCUUGAGGGUCCUUGCAAAGGAAAACAAGGUCCUGUAGAACACAUCUUCAGAGGAAUUGUUUUUAUUUAUGAUCGCCAUCACCUUGAGCAUGCUGGUUAUAUUUGUGCCAAAACUCAAUCUUGUGUGUUGAUUGGUGGCUCGCGGGCGAAUGGUGAUCGAAAUGGUAACCCAUUCUCAUCAAGAUUUGCGAAUCUCAGAACUCCACCACGUGCUCCUCAAUCUCCAACAAGAUCUUUUAGAGGUGGCCCACCUAUGAGCUAUGGAAGAGGGCAUAGAGGUGGAAGAGGGCAUGAUGCUUUAAUUGGAGCUGAUGUGAAAAUUCGUCUUGGGCCAUUUAAAGGUUGUAAGGGGCGUGUUAAAGAUAUCAAAGGAACUUCAGUCCGUGUUGAACUGGAAGCCCAGAUGAAAGUUGUUACAGUUGAUCGCAAUCAUAUUGCGGAUAAUGUUAACGUGACAACACCAUUCCGGGAACCAUCUAGAUAUGGUUUGGGAAGUGAAACACCAUCACAUCCUUCAAGGACUCCACUCCACCCAUUUAUGACACCUAUGAGAGAUCCUGGAGCAACACCUAUCCAUGAUGGCAUGAGGACGCCAAUGCGUGACAGAGCAUGGAAUCCAAUGAGUCCGCCUAGGGAAAAUUGGGAAGAAGGAAACCCUGCUUCCUGGGGGUCAAGUCCGCAAUAUCAGCCAUCUAGCCCUCGUUCAAGGGCUUAUGAAGCACCUACUCCUGGUUCUGGUUGGACCAACACUCCCAGCGGUAAUUACAGUGAUGCUGGGACCCCAAGAGACAAUGGUUCUGCAUAUGCUAAUGCUCCAAGUCCUUACUUGCCGUCAACUCCUGGUGGACAACCACCAAUGACACCGAGCUCAGCAUAUAUACCUGGUACUCCUGGCGGGCAGCCAAUGACUCCUGGAAGUGGUGGGCUGGAUAUGAUGUCACCUGUAGGAGGUGGGGAUACUGAAGGUCCUUGGGUCUUGCCUGAUAUCUUGGUCAAUGUACGGAAGUCCAAUGAUGAUACUGUCACUGGAGUUGUCCAUGACGUGCUAGCGGAUGGUUCCUGUAGUGUUGGUCUUGGAUCGAGCGGCAAUGGUGACACUAUCAUUGUACACCCAACUGAAAUUGAGAUAGUUGUACCAAAGAAGUCGGAUAAGAUCAAGAUCAUGGGUGGUCCCCAACGUGGUGCCACUGGUAAGCUUAUUGGUGUUGAUGGCACUGACGGGAUUGUAAAGGUUGAUGAUACUCUUGAUGUUAAAAUUUUAGACAUGGUACUUUUGGCGAAGUUAGCGCAUGCAUAGGGACUAUCAAUUCUAGUUAGCGAGCACGUUGUGGUCAAUAGCGAUAGUUUGCAUUUGUAUCAUAUUUUUCAUGUUAUGCUAAUCAUGAGUUCAAGGAUCAAUCUUUGUGUAAAUCUUUCCUUCAGAGUUAUCUGUCCUUUUGUUCAA